AUGGUGCAGAACUGCUCCAGCUUCCUGAUCAAGAGGAACAAGCAGACGUAUAGCACCGAACCCAAUAAUCUGAAGGCCCACAACUCCUUUCACUACAAUGGGUUGAUGCACCACAAGAUGGUGGGCGUGGAGCCGGCUCCCAACGGCAAAGGGGUGAUGGUCAUCAUGAAGCGAAGAACCAGCCACAUCCGGCACAUGAUCCGCAAGAACAAGUACCACCCGGAUCUGCGCAUGUCCAGUGCCGUCUUGUGCAGCCAGAAGCCCAUGAUGGUGAAGAGGAAGCAGGCCCGCCCUACCAAGAGCUCCUGA